UGAACCUCUGCAGUGAGCGCCGCCUCUAGCUGGACCUUUGCAUGCUUGCACAGGCAGAGCAGUUAAGUUACUGAGUUUGUCUGAGACAGGAGCUGGUUAGAUGGAUUGAUGAUCCACUUCUGCAGCAGGCCUACAGGACAAAAUCACAUUACCUCAGGGAGUGAAAGAAGUGAAGCUAACAACUGCAUGGGGGGGCACUCUCAGACUGUGAUGUUACUGAUGCACGGCUGAUUCUGAACACGAGGACAGAGGAGUGGAGGGAUGGGGAUAGACUCUCACCCAAUUGCCUGCUUAGCUGGCUGGAUUUUGGACUUUGCAAGGAAAGUAGUAAUGGGAUUGUCUGUGAAAGGCUAAAACGAGGUGAAUGGAGCUACAAAAAGUGCUUUCCAGUGCAAUACAGUAAGCUUAAAAGCUGACUAAAGAUAUUUUCUUUCUUACUGUAAAUCUCUGGAUGGAAAGGAUGCAAAUGGAGAAAUCCUUCCCUGGUCAUCAGAUUUUAAUGGGCUAAAGUGCUGCCAGCUGAACACAUAACUAAAGCUGUUCAGCACUUAGGAUACACAAGAAAAAGAAAUCCCAUCAGAAUUCUUAAACAUGGCCAGUGACCAACCUGAGAGCAUGGUUCCUCCACCUCACAGUGACAUAAAGCUGAUCCUUUCAUCUGAGACUCACCCAUCCACGCCUGUGUCACCUGACUCCAGCAGUAGUAUUUCGUACAUGAAUGUCAGAGGAGCCAGCAGCUCUGCUGACAUUAACGUACUGGAACAUCGCCUUAGCCAGGGCUCCCCUGUGGAUAACCUUUACAAUACCACCUUAACACACGGGGAUGUCUUCUGUGGUGUAACUUCAAACUUGAAUCAAACCUUCAUUGCCACACCUGUGAAUGAUGGCAUUAAUUUCUGGAAACAAAACUUGAGCCUCAUGAGCAAUGAAGACGUGGAGGCUUUUAUUAGGCACAGAGGGGAUGAAAGUAACAGUACUGUAAUGUCUCAGAGUUCAUGUGGGGCAUCCUGGAGGGGAUCCAAUGAGAAUGACUGCUGCUCUCUGAGCUCUGGGGAAAUGGUAAUGAGGAGCAAUAGUUUCUGUCUGGAGGACCAGUCACUCUUAUUAGUCUCUUCCCUGGAGGAAUCAUCCAUCUCUCCAGCUGCACGUCGACCAGAUUCACCUGCUGUAUCGAACCUGCUGUCGACCACUACUCUAGACGUCUGCAAUAAACCCGCAGAGAGAGUCCCAGAGGAGAACACAGGCCAUCCUUGUCUUGGUGUGACUUUCAUUCAGGCAGACAACAAGGAGCUCCUCGAUGAGGAAAAUGAAAUGGCAACAUCGAAUUGUUUUGUAGCUUUGCCAAAUGAGAAUGAACGGGGGCUUUUCACGACGUUUAUCUGUGAAACCUCUCCAGACUGUGGAAAAGAGGCAAACUGUACCAGUGCUGAAGCAGAACCUUUGCCCCCAUUUUCAGCGGCAUUUACACCAGAACAAGGCAAGACCUUUGUGUCCACUCUGUCAAAUACGCAGGAAAUUGAUGAGGGUGUUUGUACUUCCACUCCAGUGCAAAACAUUGAGAACAAGAUAAACGGCCUCCCCUUGUCUCCUUGCAUUAGAAAUGUGAGCAGCCCAGGACGUCACCCUGUUAAACAGCAGCAAAUAUCUGUCACUAAUAAACAAUGUUUCGACCCAGGACUGCCACCUACAGCAAAAAAAGCUAAGAAAAUAGAAAUUAAAAAGUUUCCCAAACCUGACUUCAGUCAUGUAAAAUCCAAAGUCGUAACAAGAGAUCCACAGCAAACCUCAGUGCCAGGUACUGUGCCACAACAUAAACAAUCAGAAGUUAAUUUGGGGAAUAAACGUACUGAAUCCCUGAGAAGAACCCCAAAUGGUAUGUUUCCUGCCAAGAGAAGAAGUAGCACUACAUCUGAUUCUGCCACCAGUAAAAUGUUUAAUGAUGGACAGUUAGAAGUGGAUGCUGGAGCUGCUAAUUUGGGAUUAACAGUGGCACAGUCAUGUGAGCAUACUGCUGUGGAUGGCCAGGGCAAGAGCAGAGAAACCCCAGCAGGCCAGUGCAGUAAACCCAGCUCUCAAACAGAGGGGCCCUCUUCCAGCCAAGUAUCCGAAACCUCAGCACAGCACGCUUGCAGCCAGAGCAGCUUCUCAUCCCUAGAAAAAUCCCCGGGUAAAAGUGGCCCCAAACCAACUCCAAAGAAGGGUGUGUCAAACAAAGCUGUGGCCAGAUCAGGCUCAUCUUUGGGUCGGGACAAGUCUUCUGUCUUCAAGACACGGCCUCGCUGCUCAUCUGAGAGUUCGUCAUCAACUUCCAGGACACCUCAGGAGAAGCAAACAACUCUAAAGUUCUCAGCUAGUUUUAACAUUACUAAAGCUAACACCCACCAGAGACAAACCAAAGCAAAGAACCUGAGCUGCUCUUCCCAGAAUAAACAGGCCAUACACACUGAGGACACAAAUUGCCCUACUCAAAACUCCCCCAGAGAGGUCAAGAAAAUAAGCCUCGUGGCAGAGUCAGCAAGAGCUCAUUUGGAUGAUGGUAAGACUAGAUGUGUACCUUGGCGACCAUCCCCUAGACUUGCUAGGAGAACACCACUUUCACAACCUCCACCUGCCAGUCCCAGACCAACCACUUUGUCAGCCAGGCAGAGACAGGGAUCCCUGGGGAUGAAUGAAAUCAGGACCCCUAAAGCUGUAGGGAAACCUCAAUCCAAGCAGACGAGCAUUACAGGCUGUCAGAGAGCACAGGCAAUAGGAGAGCCAUCCCUGGGAUCUGCCUCAGCAGCCAACAUUGAGCCCCAGGUCAAUGGACUCCAACCUCCUCAGACUCCCACUCAGUCCUCUGUUAUAGGUCCUCGGUCCACCCCUGUUAGUAAACUACCACACAGGACUUUGGGGCCUUUUAGGAGCCUUACUCAAACCAGUGUUCAGCAUGCGCUAUCCCAAAGCUCUGGGAAUACACAAGUUUCUGGAGGAGUUGCACACAAAGCAACCCCAUUCAAAUCUGUGGUACUGAAAGCAAGGCUCAUCUCGACCUCUGAGAAAAACACUGGACCAACUUUGUCUACGGUAAACAAGCCUGCUGCUUCCACUGGAAAAGGAGCAUCAAAUUCUAUAAUUGGUCCUCUGUUAAAGACAGCUUCUGCAAAACUUGCUCGAUCAGCGCUGGUUGGAUCUGUGGACAAGAACAAAUCCAAAGCUGGCUCCCACCAACAACGCCCUCAACAGCAAGCAUCACAACAGAAGCAGAGCAACAGGCCUCAGGAUGCGGUGCCAGCGAGUCUUACAGAGGUUGACAGAAUAAACCAGAACGUCCAGCAGCUCAAAGGACUCCUGAGAGCCAGUAACUGUAGAUUUGAAGCACUCUCCAUAGUCUUGCAGCAAACAUUGACUGGGCGUGAUGAAGCCACGCAGCAGUGCAGGGAGCUGUCCCAGGAGCUGGUCAAUCUUAGAGAAGAGCUGGUUUCCUCUGUUCAUUCAUCUGAGCGUCUGGAGAAGGAGAAUGAGGAGUUGCGUGUUGCUCUGGAGGAUGCACUGCACAAACUGCAGGAACAGCACCGGAAUGACCUGGCUGAGCUGGAGCAGAGGCUGCAGGCCUACUACCAGGCUGAGAGGGACAAAGUUCACCGUGCCUACCAGGAAGAGGCAGACAAGUCCAAAACUGUCAUGCAGCAGCAGAUUGAAGAGCUUAAAGUAAAUCAUGAAGCCAUGAAGCUGGACCUCGAGAAAAGCCAUGAAGAACAGCUGCAGUGUGUUAAACAGCAGUAUGAGAUGUCACUGGAAGAGCUCAGGAAAGUCCACAACCAGGAGCUGGAGGCUUUGGACAAAACCUUAAAAGAUGCUGAAGCCUCUCUCUCUAGUCAAAUUGAGGAGCUGACCUCGGAGAAUAAUGCUCUAAAUGAGAGGCUAACUGCUGAGGAGAGGAAGAGGAAAGAGCUGGCUGAAAACAGUCAGAAGGACCCUCACACUCUGUAUCUGGAGCAGGAGCUACAAAGUCUCAAAGUGGUGCUGGAUAUCAAAAACACACAGCUCCACCAACAGGAGAAGAAGCUCAUGGAGAUAGACAAACUGACAGAGAAAAAUGUAAAGUUAGACGAGAGCCUUAAAAAAGUCCAGCAAGAGAACGAAGACCUCAAAGCCCGCAUGGAAAAACACGCUGCUCUUUCAAGGCAGCUGUCCACAGAGCAGGCCAUGCUGCAGGAGUCGCUUCAUAAGGAGUCCAAGGUGAACAAGCGUCUGUCCAUGGAGAACGAGGAGCUGCUGUGGAAGCUCCAUAAUGGAGACUUGAGUAGCCCACGCAAGGUGUCUCCCACCUCCACCUCUCCCUCCCAUUCCUUCAACUUCCAAUCACCUCGCAGCUCCGGCUGCUUCUCCAGCCCUCCCCUGUCACCCAGAUAACAACGGGCUCCUGCUUCCAGGAAGCAGAACACUGCAUUUGAGUUAUCCCUCUGGACUUAAUAGCCAUCUUUGUUUCCUUUGCAUAUAGCAAAACAUCAGCCUGACCUUGGCUCAUUCAGAAUGAGAUGAACUCUGACACUGCAGAAAUACAGGAAAAAAACACUGCACAGAAGCACUUAAUAAGCAAGGCCACGAUGUUUGCCUUUAGAAUUUGAUUCUUUGGAUGGAGGAAAGAGGAAAUCUCAGGACUUCUAUGUAAUGAAACACUUUGUUAUUUGUAGAGGCUUAUCUUUGCUGAAGCUCGGCAUACACACACAGUACAUGCAGUAAAUUACAUGCAUGUGUACACGUGCAGGAAAAAGAAAAACAUUAACCUUCAUUUGCUGAUUUUUUUUUUUUUUAAUUAUUAUUUUUUUCUUUCUAUAAAACUAAUAAGUGUGUUCAGAAUUUCCUUAUGUUAUUUUUAAAGGCUGGGUUUUUGGGGGGUUUUGUUUGUUUUUUUUAAUAGUUGGGCUCUGAAUCGUUUGUGGCCUUGUAUGGUUUUGUUUUCAUGCUUAUUUGACCGAGGGACCAGUCCAAGUCUCUUUGCAUGUGUAGCCCGUACGGAAGCCUCCUAACACAGCUUUAAAGUCAGCGUCUGUGCAAAGAGCUGACCAGAAGCGGCUUUGCUCGUCUGUGUCAGAGACUGUAUCUUGGAAAUGUCUGAGUAUUUUGUGUGGAAUUUAUAUAAUAGAUGUGCUGAUCCUGUUUGAAAUAAUCUAUUAAUAAAGUCUUGUAUUAAACUGAA